GCAUUUAGCUGAAACAAAACAAAGACACAAUAAUGCUUUUCAAAAUUGUAGUUUUAUUCUGCGUAUUCGGUGUUGGUGCAAUAGGCGUUUAUAGUCUUGUACUGGACCAGCAGACGGACCCAAACGUCCUUCAACUUCUUGUUAAACUGGAGGCUGACUUUAACAACAUGAAAUCUAAGGUGGAGGAAUUGGAAGAAUCGUGUACAUGUGCCGCACCGUCUCAUCAGCCGACGCAAGCGUUCAUGGCUACGUUAGGUCACACACUCGCAUGCACCGUAAACCAAGCGGUCAUUUUCGAUACUUUCAAACUGAACCAAGGCACUGGCUACGAUAACAGGCACGGGAUAUUCCGUGCAUCGAAAAAUGGCACGUACCAUUUUGGCGCUACUGUCAGUGCAGCGCCACAGACAGAUUUCCACGUUGCGUUUGUUAAAAACCUUGCAUCUAACCACAUAGGAUAUUUAUACGGAGGUGUUGGACACAGUUUCUGGCAAGAGACUAGCACUUCAAUAGUUACCCAUCUAAAUGCUGGCGACGAUGUAUGGCUGUCUUGCCUGAGCUCAAGUACGUUACAAGGGGAUUUAGACGCGGGGAACGACUAUAAGACGUAUCACUCGCAUUUUUCCGGAUUUAUGAUUGCCGUACCUUAACCGUUGGCAAGUUUUCUUUGAGAUAUGGACAAAAGUAUUUCACCAAUAUCGAAAAGAACUUGUACAAAAAGUGUUGGUUUUUUCUGAUUUAUUACCAUUUAAUUUGUUGCUUUCUGUUAAAUCAACAUGAACAUAUAUUUAAAAGAUGUUAACGCCAUUCUUAACUUUGUACUUUUUAAUCAUUUUUCAUUUUAAAUGCUGUCGAGAUAUUCUCAACUUUAGUUAUCUUUCACAAGUAGUCAGUCCUUCCACAGAAUGAGCGUACACAUAUGUACAAAAUAUGUAAAGGUGUUUGACUGUAUUUGAUUCGCUAGAUGCGAAACAAAAGUUCAUGAAGAACUUCUUCAUUGUUUUGCAAGAAUAUCUUAAGGAAUGACACCAAAAUUCUCAAAUUGCGAAAACAUCUUGGAAUAUCACUACUAAAAAAUGAAAAGAAAACGUUUGAUGCAAAGCCUCAACGAUGCUGCGUUUUUAAUGAUAUGUAGCAGUAUUCAAACUCAUGAUUCCAAAGUUGUUAAGGAAUGACUUUUCAAAACAGUGCGAGUUUGAACUUUACACCUGGCGUCGAGCAGAACAUUAUUCGUGUUAUCUAAAAACGGUGCACCUCACCUCCCCACCCUUCCCCAUAGACUGCUGAAGGAAUAUCACCAUAUGACCUAAAAUUAUUGAUCUAAGUAAUAUUUUAUUGUUUUCUCAUUUUUAAACUGAAUAUUUUGACUUACUUUAAUAUCGUAAAAAAAAUAACUGGAAGUGAACAUUUGUAACGGUAACGGUGCCUGAUUAAUGAAAUGUAACGUCUUCAUUCUGCACCACACUAGCGUAUAGCGUGCCUGUUUUAAG